AUGGCUGGCCGACCGGCCCGACUCAAAUCAUCCCAACACACCUUGUGGCUUUUUAUUCCUUCUUCUGAUCAAGUUGCCCUUUUCAGGGUGCCACUAUUGGCUGACCAGCCAUCCUUCGAUGCCUACACGGUCAAGUCCUCGGUUCCGCAACUCAAUGCUAUGUACCUAUCUACGCAAGCCGCUGUAGAUCCGAAUGUGGAGUUGUAUGAGAGCUGCACCGAAGACACCGGAGUAUUGGCUAGCUGCUUCACUUCAUGCCCACUGCUCACCCCCACCCCUGGCUACGUUGGUGGUAUCAAGAGAGCUUUACGACCGGCAGAUCCCUCUGCAUUCCAGUACUGGCCAGCCAAUAUCCCGGCCUCAUUCACAAUGAUUAAUCAGUCUAGCGGUUGGAAAAAAUUGCCUCUUCAAAGAAUAGCACGAACGAGGCCAUCGGUAAUCCGCGGAGCUGUGCCACCUGCUGUGCAUUGGCACUCGGCUGAUUCUCGAUUGCACACUCUGUCUGGCUCUUUUGCUGCUUUGGCAAAGGCAAAAAUCUUCGUUGAUGGCGAAGAGAACCGCAAUAACACGUCAAUUGCAUUUGUACUUGUCGCUUUGACAGCAACGGCAACAGCGACGAAAACAAAACCCAUCUACUCUGCAAAGAUCCGAAGUCGACCCAACUGGGCCGUCUGGCUUUUGGCUGUGUCGGAACGGCUGACGAGGAAUCAUAAGCCUGGUGUUGUCAAAAUAAACACAUUGGUCCUAUAUGCAAAGGGUUGCACUUACGACUAUGGCGUCUUCCGUUGA